CCCGCGCCCGCCCUGCGCCCAGCACCCUCGGCCGGCCCCACUCAGGACCCUCCUGCACGGGGCCGCGCCCCCCGCGGGUCUCCGGCCCGGCGCUGCCGCCCCCCGAGCGGGGCUGAGCUGGACGGCCGGCACCGACCGCGCCGCCGGGGCCCGUUCCAGAGGAUAUGCAAGCAUCGCCUCCCGACGCCCAGCGAGCCCCCGGGCUCCGCUCCGAGCGCCCGGGGCUGCGGGACCAGCCGGGCACCCCCCGCCCUCCUCCCGUGCCGCCGGUACCCCCGGCACCGGGCACUGCUCGCGGGGGUGCCCAGGGUGCCUCCCCCGCCCCGGCGGGAGGCGGCCGGGCUCGGUACCCGGCACCGGGAGCCCCCAUUCUGGUGCUAACCCUCACCCCUCGGCCUUGGGGGUGCUCCGGCCGCCCCCUGCCCCGGGGGUCCCGUCCCGUCCCGUCCCGCCGGCGGCAGCGGGGGCAGCGGGACCCCCGCCCCGCCGCCGCAUGCCCGCGCCACCCCCGCUAACCGGAGAGCAGUAGAGCUGAAUGUAACCCCGGCCGGGCGCGCCCGCCGCCACAAUAAACUGUAGUGAGGUUCCUUUUUCUACCGGCGCCCCGUCUGUCCGUCCGUCCGUCCGUCCGUCUGCGCGGGGAGGGGCUCCGCGCCAUCCCUCUGCCGAAGGAGGGGUCCAUCGGUCUGUCUGUCCGUCUGCUAGGGGAGAGGGGCUGCAGUCUGUCUGGUUUGUGUGCUCACCCCACUGUCAGGAUGGGGAGGUGCAGUCUGUCCAUCUGUCCAUCUGGCCAGGACAAGGGGCUGCAGUCAGUCUGUCUGCCUGUCUGUCUGUCUGGACAAGGGGCUAUAGUCCGCCUGUCUAUCUUACCAGGAUGAGGGACUGCAGUCCAUCUCUCUGUGCAUCUGGACAAGGGGCUGCAGUCUAUCAGUCUGUCCCUCUGACCAGGACAAGGCUGCAGUCUCUCUGUCCAUCUGCUCAGAACAAGGAGCUGCAGUCUGUCAGUCAGUCUGUCAGUCUGUCUGUCUGGACAAGGAGCUGUAGUCCAUCAUUCUGUCUAUCUGACCAGGACAAGGGGCUGCAGUCCAUCAGUCUAUCUGCCUGUCUGUCAGUCUGUGUGCUCAGGACAAGCUGCUGCAGUCCAUCAGUCUACCUGCCUGUCUGUCAGUCUGUGUGCUUGGGACAAGGUGCUGCAGUCCAUCAGUCUGUCUGCCUGUCUGUCUGUCUGUCUGGACAAGGAGCUGCAUUCUGUCAGUCUGUCUGUGUGCUUGGGACAAGGAGCUGCAGUCCAUCAGUCUGUCAGUCUGUCUGUGUGUUCAGUACAAGGUGCUGCAGUACGUCAGUCUGUCUGCCUGUCUGUCUGUCUGGACAAGGAGCUGCAGUCUGUCUGUCUGUCCAUGUGCUCAGGACAAGGAGCUGCAGUCUGUCUGUCCAUCUUACCAGGACAAGCGGCUGCAGUCCAUCAGUCUGUCCAUCUGACCAGGACAAGGGGCUGCAGUCCGUUAGUCUGUCCACUACUCACUCGGCUGUCAGGGCUGUCAGGAGGUGUCCCCUCACCACAGCAGGUGCCCACCCGCGCGGUGUCACCCGGUGGCCGGGCAGGGCUGGGUGUGCCCCAGCCAGUGGCACAGGAGCCGCGGGCACUGCAGCGGUGCCAGCACCACGUCCCCUCCUUUCCAUGGAAGGGAUUGCUGCCAUUCCUGGUGGCAUUCCAGCUGCCACCAGCACCCAUCGUGGGCAGCACGGGGCGAGGCCAGACCCUGUCCUAGGUGCUGGUGGCUCUCUGGGCACCCACAGCCCUGAGGGCACCGGGAAUGUCUCCAUCCAGCGCGGUCCUGGCAGCUGUGCAUCCAUCCCCUGUGUGUCCCGAUGUUCAGCAUAAUCCUGGCCGCUGUGCAUCCAUCCCCUGUGUGUCCCCAUGUUCAGCAUAAUCCUGGCAGCUGUGCAUCCAUCCCCUGUGUGUCCCCAUGUUCAGCAUAAUCCUGGCAGCUGUGCAUCCAUCCCCUGUAUGUCCCCAUGUUCAGCAUAAUCCUGGCAGCUGUGCAUCCAUCCCCUGUGUGUCCUGUCCCCUUUGGGAUGGGCCCAGCUGCCUGUUGGGGUGGGAUGGGGUGUCUGGAGGCUCUGGUUGUGUCCCCACUCUGAGAUGUGGGGGACACCUUGAGCAUGGGGACUGUCCUCAGGCAUUGCAGCACCACGACCCUGGCCUGGCAUCUCCCCAAUUUACAGGAGUCUCAGACCCCACACACUCUUUGAUCCCCCACCAGCACUGCCUGGCUCUCCCUUCCCAAUACCCUUGGUCACCUGGCCAUGCCCUCAUGGCUUCCAGCUCUGUUUUUGCACUGUUUCACCCUAAAAUCCUCUCCCCACUAUUUGUUUUCUGAAUAAGCACGGAGCCAAAGUGUCCAGGAGUGGAACAUGUGCUGGGCAUGGAGAAGCCCCUGGCACAGGUCAGGACCCUUUGCCAGAGCCCCCCAGGAGCAGGGGCUGAGUCCAGGGUUCUCGGUGCCACAUCUGCCAACACAUCCUCAGCUGGAACUCCCAACACGAAUUGAGUUGCACAUUCCUGUGCCAUGGAAAUCUCAAUCUCAGCCACAUUCCUGUGCCAUGGAAAUCUCAAUCUCAGCCACAUUGCUGUGCCAUGGAAAUCUCAGCCACAUUCCUGUGCCCAUGGAAAUCUCAGCCACCACUCCCAGCUGGGGCUGGUCCCUGGCACCACUGGCACCACCGGCCCCACGGCCGGUGCCAGGCGCAUCCCCAGCCCCAGGCAGUGGCGCUGGCUCGGCAAGCACGGGCAGCAGGCGCGGCGUGGCGGGGCCCACACCAAACUGCUCGGUGUUUUCGCUGGGGCACAGCCCCAGGCAGGAGACAUGAGCUGCUGUCAGCUGGCAGCGAGGCUGGCAGGGAUUCCAUGGACGGGCACACCCACACAGAGCACGGGAAUGGGCACACCGGGACUUCACGGGAACU